AGAGGACCCGCCUCUUGGGCGCUGAUAUUUAACAGUAGCGGGUGCCAACGCGGACGCGUCCGCCUCUCACCAUCUUCAGGGAGUUGAUCGUCAGGAGCUUCCAAGGAGCUGGCCAUCAUGGUGCUGCUGAGGCCUCUAGCCGUCCUCUGUGUCCUGGUCGCGGCUGCGCUCGCUGUUCCCGCUCAGGAAAAGCGCGUGCAUCAUCAGGCGCACCUGAGCGACCACGUCCACGAUGACGCUCACGGCUUUGAGUACGACCACGAGGCCUUCCUGGGGAAGGAGGAGGCCAAGACCUUCGAUCAGCUGACCCCAGAGGAGAGCAAAGAAAGACUAGCGAAGAUAGUGGGCCGCAUCGACACGGACAAGGACGGAUACAUCACCCACACAGAGCUGCACUACUGGAUCAAGCACCGUCAAAGGAGGUACAUCGAGGAAAAUGUGAACAAACACUGGAAGGACUAUGACAAGAACCAAGAUGAUAAGAUAGCAUGGGAGGAGUAUAAGAACACCACCUACGGCUACUAUCUGGGUGAGGAGUUUGAUGACGUUGAGGACAAAGACACCUACAAGGCCAUGCUCACCCGCGACCAGAGGCGCUUCAAGAACGCCGACAGAGACGGCGACGGCAUCGCCACGCGGGAGGAGUUCACCGCCUUCCUUCACCCGGAGGAGUUUGACUACAUGAAAGAUGUAGUGGUGCAGGAAACGGUGGAAGACAUUGAUAAGAAUGGGGAUGGAAAGAUUGACCUCAAUGAAUACAUUGGGGACAUGUACACAGCAGAGCCUGGGGAGAACGAGCCUGAAUGGGUGCAGACGGAACGCAAACAGUUCUCAGACUUCAGAGACACUAACAAGGACGGCUACCUGGACGCCAGUGAGGUGGCUCACUGGAUUUUGCCAGGAGAGGUCGACCACGCCGACAAUGAAGCCAAACACCUGAUUCACGAGACAGACACUGACAAGGAUGAGAAAAUCACCAAGAAGGAGAUUCUGGCCAACUGGAACAUGUUCGUGGGGAGCCAGGCCACCAAUUACGGAGAAGAUUUAACAAAGAGACACGAUGAACUUUGAUGAUGUUUUUCGUUUGUAAUUGUUGGGGUGGGGGCUUCAGACUAGGGUAUGCUGUAAUCGGGCAGAAUCAUGUGUUCACAGAAGAACACAAACACUUAAUUCAGUGUGCAGCCACAGACUGUGUACGUGAUCGCGCACACACACACUCCUCUUUUUUGUUUUUUCCAGAUGAUAUAAAUAUCAUAUUUUUCUGUCCACUCUAAACUGUUCCUCCUGAAUAUCUGAAUUCUGUCCAAGAUGAGGAGGCACUCAAGUGGAAGUUGUUUUUCUAUGAGCCAGAACAAAGUGGUCCCAGAACAUGACAUCUUAUUACAUAGUAUAAAGUAUGACUUCUAUUCUAAUUUCUAUGUUUUGACAGUUAUUGUUACAUUUAUCUGAAGGUUUGUGUAAUGUUGGGGGGGUUAUGAAGAAAGGUUCUCCUUUGUUACUGGUUACUGAAUUCUGGGGGUUUAAUUAUGAAAUAAAACUGUUUUCUAUAAAUGUA